AUUGUCAAGUGAAAAGUCGAAUUUCUGUCAAAAAAUGGCAAUUGUGAUGUUGUUAGCUGGCGGAGUGGGUAUAAUUCAAUUUUCAUUUAUUAUCAGCACAAUCCAGAAAGCUUUUCCAGGUCUAGCAAAGCACAAAGCAUUUCGACAAACCAUCCGUUUCAUUCUUGUCAGUCCCAUUAUCCUAAUGGUCCUAUCAGCUAUUGGGCUAUUUUUCCUAAUAUUUCUUCCAGUAAAAGUUGACAAACCGUACACGUCUAGAGAAGGGAUUAUUUUAAUCACUACAGCUUGCUAUCUCUGGUUAAAUGUCGCGUUCAAUUAUUUCGCGGCGAUGCUUAAGUCUCCUGGAUAUCCGUUAACGGCGUCCGAAAUGGAGGAAAACGGUUUCAAAAUGGACGAAGGAAGCGUCCUUUGUUGUAAAUGCGAUCGAAUGAAAUCAAUUGAUACCCACCACUGCAGCACUUGUGGAACAUGCGUUACCAUGAUGUGUCAUCACUGUCCAUUUACAAGCAACUGUGUUGGCCUCAAGAAUUAUUCAUAUUUUUUCCUAUUUAUCUGUUAUAGUAACAUUGGUUUACUAUUUGCAAUGUACAUGACAUAUGAACCAUUUUACCAAUGCAUGGUACCUACAGGAGAUCGCUUGGACACACUGCCAUGGUACCCUAAUGGUGUUUGCAAAAAGCUUGGUGAUUUUGCCAUCUUGUUUAUCCCUGUAGUAUUCAUUGCAAUGUUUUGUGGUUCAAUGUUCCUGUUGCAGUCUUUGCUUCUGGCAACCAAUUGCUCAACUAUUGAACUUCUCACCAAACUACAGAGAUCUCGGAAUCUCACAGAUUUCCUACAAUUCAUCGUUAAGCGAAUUUUUAAAAGCAAAAAAAGUCGAUUUCAAGUCAUGUUCUGGCAUUCACGUGAAAGUUGGUGGCAGUUCCUCAUUCCGGCAUUUAAUGUACCUGUACAACAUGGGGAAACACUAAAUCUUGUUGUUUGAUCACCAGUCCAUUUGAGAAUGAUGGUGUACUUGCAAGUCAAAAUAUUUGCAUUUUUUAUAGAAUAUAGAGCAGAGACGUAGGAGCUCAAUAGUUGGGGUCAAUAUGCAUACACUUACAUAUUAUGUUCCUUUGAAAUCCAUUUUUACCUACAAUAACAUUCAUAAAUGCAUAUAUGUCCCCCACAAUUAUUGUGCUGGCUACAUCCAUGUUGUAGAAAUAGAGCAUUUUAAAGUUCUAACACAAAGUACUUACGUUACAAUUAGUGAGAGGUUUAUGCUAAGUUAACACAGCUUUUGUGCUCAUGUUAUAGAUAUUUAUUGACAGUCAGUAGAAAGUAUUCAUAGUGCCUUUAUUUAAUAAAUACACCUUUUUAUUUAUAAAUUAUAAUGUGUUCAAUACGUAGAUAUACUAUAAAAUGAAAUAUUAAUUGAUAAAAUAGAGAUUCACAUAACAUUAAUAGCACAUCAUACAUGGAUAGACUUUUUCUAACUUAUAUGGCAAAUAAUAUUAAAUUCAAA